AUGUUAAAUUUAGAUGUACCAAAGGUAGUCCUUAUUACCAGAGAAAACUUUAUAAAAUUUUUAAGAGUUAUCAAACAGAAUGAAAAGGAAGUUGCAAUUAAUGAUGAUGAGGAAUCUAGUAAUUCAUUAACAGAAAUAGCUAUUCAAAAAAGUGUACAAAAUUCUAGCUUCGAUAUUGAGACAGAUAAAUUGAUACAACAUACUGACUUUCUUUCAGAUGAAUAUUCUAACUCUGAUGAAGAAAUUAAUGAACGGAAUUUUGAUAAAGCUUUAACUUUAUUGCAUGAAGCAAAAAGUAAAUUAACCGAUAGGUAUCAGUUCAAAAUAAAUAUGAAAUUUAAAGCUGUAAAGAAAGUUAAGAAAAAUAAACGAUUUAAUAAGAACAAUUCUUUUGAAUCAUCUGAUACCGAUCUUGAUGAGUAUGAAUCAAUAUCGUCAAAUGCUGCCAAAGAAUUGCAAGCAAGUGAGUUUGGUGAAGAAAUAGAAUACAAGCAUGCUAAUAUGAAUCAAAGUCCUGAUGUUGCGAAUAUGUUUUCAAUACCUUCAGAUUUGACUGAAGAUUCCUUAUCUAGCAUUGAUAAAAUAUUGGAAAUGCUUGCAGUUUUAUCAAUUAUUGAGCCAUCUACUUCAUUGUCUAAUAUUAAUGAACAAAAUCAAUCUGAUAAAUUAAUUUUUCAGAUAAAGAAUUUACAUUAUCAAUGUAAAUCCAGGUUUAACAAAAGUUCUGAUAACAGUUCUAAUAAAAUCAAUGAAUCAACAUUAACUUUGAAAAAUAGCCAACAGGCUAAUAAUUCAAUUGAUAAGCACAUUAAAGUAUCAGACGAUGAUGAAAUAAUGUUUGAUGCCUUCUCAUCGUUAAAUAAUGAUAAUUUGGCUGAUAUAAUUCAUCAA